AUGACCCCCCUACCCGAGAUGUUGAGCCUCCGUGACUACGGGAGAGUGAUAGCUAGAACAGACACCCCAUCCUAUUUCCUUUACUGGAGUGACGAUUUACAGACUGUGUCGUACGGAGACUCCUUCACUAUCUCUAUGGGCGCCUUCCGACAGCUGUCAGCAUACUUCAUUAAGCUUGCAGAGGAGCUCUGCGAGGAGCUUAUGCUUGGUUUACAGGUGGACGUUGAUCUCGCGAAGGUCAAGGACGACCUAGUUAACACUAUAGAUGGGUUCAGUUUCGUCAGCCAUCUCUAUAAUAAGCUGACCCAUGCCUACGUUCAGCUGUUCAAGCAGGCUUGUGUUCCUGCUUCUGGGCUGUUCGACGAGACGAGCGGCAUAUGGAAAGCAAGCGCAGUCUUACGAUACCAAAGGAAGGCAGAGAGGCUGUUGGAAUCCCUUGCAGGCUGCAUCCACACGAUAGGCGGCCAGACUGGGCGAUCACCAGAGCUUUUUAGUCUCACAUACCAGAACAGCGCACUUGGUGAACGCGGUUUAUACAUCUACAACGGCUCGGUAAUGACGCUUACACGGCAUCACAAAGCUAAACGUUCAACCAAUCGGGAAUUCAACGUUGCGCGCUUCCUUCCUCUCCGAGUCGGCCGAGUUGUGUUCCGAUAUUUGGCGUACAUCCGUCCCUUCGUUACAAGACUGAGACAAGAGCCGGCCUUCAUGCAGAGAUCAUCAGCGGAGCGCAUAGUCUCGUCGCCUCUACUCUUUACCUCAGAUAUUGAUGGUCUAAGGCCUUGGGACGCGUCGAAACUUUCAGCUAUCUUCAGGAAGGCGACAUCCAUAUGCUGGGAUACUUGUGUGACCCCUCAGCUGUACCGACAACUUGUUAUUGGAAUAACGGAGAAGCAGGUCGCGGAAAUCGCCACGCCAUUUAACCGGUACGAUGACAUAAGUCCAGACGCGAGCAUCAAUGCCGUCUUUGCCUGGCAGAGCAGCCAUCGCCCUAUGCAGCGCGCGAAUACAUACGGACUCGAUGGGGCUUUCCCCACGCAACUCCAGCCAGCCCUAUUACGUAUCUAUGAGUGGGCGUCGCGUGCUGGACUACGAGUUGGAAACAAAUGA